UUUGCAUGCCUCAGUUCUUUAAACUCACAUACACAGGGGAAGGUGUCUGACUCCGGAGAGAUAUUUAUGAAGAAUCAGCAAUGAUGAUUUUACGGCGACACAGCAAGACAUAUGUAUACAUGGUGUUGAUGCCACACCUGAAGAACGUAUGAAAGAAAGAAAGAAAAAAACUCUGUUUCCAUUACACAGCAAAAAUAUUACUCCGCAGGUGCUACUCUGGAGUCUGCAGAUCGAUUCUAUGCAAAGAAUUGUUUUGAUGAGUUUGUAGCAUUUAGAGCCUCUAUUCCAAACAUGUCUCUUCUGGCCGAAGCUGUUCUUCCUGAUAUAUGAAGACAGGUUUCAGAUUCCAUGUGGAGAAUACAUUGAGUGCUUCAGACAUGUCUAUCCAUGGGACAAGAAAAAAGCAGCCAAAGACUUUCAAAGUUAAGGUUAUAAGGAUGGAUGCUGAAAUGGAAUUAAAUUGUGAGAUGAGUUGGAAGGGGAAAGAUCUGUUUGAUUUGGUUUGUAGGACAUUGGUGUUAAAAGAGACAUGGUUCUUUGGAUUGCAGUUUACAGCAAAUGGGAUGGAUAAUUGGCUGAACUUGGAUAAGAAGAUUUUACACCAGGAAGUUCCAAAGGAAGAUCCAAUAAAAUUACGCUUUUUGGCAAAGUUUUACCCUGAAAAUGUGUCAGAAGAGCUAGUGCAAGAAAUCACGCAGCAUCUCUUUUUCUUGCAGGUUAAAAAGCAAAUUUUGGAUGAAGAAAUCCAUUGCUCUCCUGAAGCAUCUGUCCUGUUGGCAUCGUAUGCGGUCCAAGCAAAGUAUGGCGACUACAACCCUAAUAUUCACAAGCCUGGUUUUCUUUCUCACGAUGAACUGUUGCCCAAACGUGUGCUCCAACAGUAUCAGAUGACUUCAGAAAUGUGGCAGGAUAAAAUAACAGCGUGGUAUGCUGAACACAGAGGAAUUGCAAGAGAUGAGGCAGAGAUGAACUAUUUGAAAAUAGCACAAGAUUUGGACAUGUUUGGGAUGAACUACUUUCCUAUAACGCAUGCUAAAAAUGAUGCAGACAUUCUCCUCGGAGUAAAUGCGAAAGGAAUUCAUAUCUACAGCAGAAAUAACAAAAUCUCACCAAUAAAAUCAUUCAAAUGGGGCGAAAUUAGCAACAUUUCUUCCAGUGAGAAAAAACUAAAAAUUACUCCAAUUGACAAAAAAGAGGAAGUGUUCAAGUUCUACUCAUCAGAACAUAAAGUCAAUAAACUGAUUCUUCAUCUCUGUAUUGGUAACCAUAACUUGUUUCUAAAUAAAAGAAAAGUGGAUUCUAUUGAAAUUCAACAGAUGAAAGCCCAGGCCAAGGAAGAGAAGGCAAGGAAGAAGAUGGAGCACCAGAGACUGGCAAUGGAAAAACAUUUGCGGGAAGAAGCAGAGAGAGAGAAACAGGAGCUAGAAACUCGUCUUUUCCAGUUAGAGGAUGAAGCCAGGCAGGCCAAUGAAGCACUGCUUCGCUCAAAAGAAGCUGCUGAAUUGAUGUCAGAAAAAGCUCAAAUUGCAGAGGAGGAGGCAAAGCUCUUGGCUCAAGAUGCAGUAGAUGCAAGGCAGGAGAAGCAGCGUCUAGAGAUGGCAGUGCUCAAAAGCAAGGAGGAGAUGCGGCAAAUGGAGCAAAAGAUGAGAGAUGCUGACCGGAUCACAAUUAAACUUAUCAAAGAGACAGAGAGAAGAGCCAAGGAGGUCGAACGCCUGGAACAGGAACUGCUCAAAGCCAGAGAAGACAAACAGAUAACACAGUCGAGGCUCUUGAACUUGGACGCUAUAGAUCAUCCCGUUGCCUCAAAAAGUCCACCACUCGAUACUUUGGAAGCAUGUCCCGAUUACAGGGUCAUACGACAAGAUCCAUGUGAAACUGAUUUCAAACGAUUAUCCCUCGAGAUAGAAAAGGAAAGACUGGACUACCUGGAAAAAAGCAAGCAGCUGGAAAAUCAACUAAAUGAAAUGAAAUUAGAAAUCCAGGCUUUGAAACAGGAGGACAAAAGUCUAAAUGUCCUCUUGUGGAAUAGGACCAUCAACUCAAAAGUUAACACAGAUCAUAAUGGUACUCCUUGGCAGCAAACAGAUGGAACGGAAUUCAGCAGUCAUCCUGUAUAUCCUGUGAGUACUGUCCGCAGCUGCCCAGAUACAGACAAGAGUUACUACACCACCCAAAGCAGGCCCAUGCCCCCAACAAUGUUAAGCAGCAGUCUCGGAAGAGGAACUAGUCAAAGCACCAGACAGAUGGGGGUGUAUGAAUUAGAUGCUGUAUACAUAUGAAUGAAGAGGACAGAAAGGCUGCUUGUUACUUGGAACAUUCAAGGAUAUGCAAACCAAAUCAACUUUGUUUUCCGUAUUUGCCUGUGACCUCUACUGGGACACUUUUUUUAUGGAUAUUUUUGUGCGUCUUUUAUUUGUGACAACUACUGGACACCUUCUUGCUAUGGACAUUUUGUGCCGUAUUUGUUAUCUCCAGUAGGACAACCCCCUCAUCACUGAUUUUGCAUGUGAGAUCUAACAAUUCCUAAGGAAUAUUGUUUUUUUUAUUGUUAUUGAUAUUUUAAGCACAGCAGAAUUGCUUUGUCU